CAACUUUUGCAUCCUUGCAGUCUUGUUCUUGAAGUGAAGCACAAAGGAUUGGGAAAGAUUUCGACCUUUAAUAAAAGCACAAAUAAGCAGCAAUGCCUCCAAAUUCAGAUCCAACAUUCAAAAUGAAGACUAUCGUAUGGUUUAUGUUAGUGUUGGGUCCACUCACUGCUGCAGGCGACGUGGUGGUUGUAAAACAAGGGGAGAAAGCCAUCAUCAAUUGUGGGGGCAACACAGACCCACGAAUGGACCCUGUGAACGUGGAUUGGAAACGUGGACAGGAAUCAUUGAUUCGCUAUUUUAAGCGUGGCACCCCUCUCAAAGGCCAAAGUGAUACUGCGAAAAGGUCAUCGCUGAGACAGGCUAAUUUGGUGAUUAGUGACGUGAAUAAAGAGGAUGCUGGAAAGCUCACCUGUUUGGCAGACAGACAAACGUACCCUCACACACUUUUGGUGGUGUCAGCCUCAGUCAGCCCCUCCGGUGAGCUCAAGCGGGGCAGCAAAGCUACGCUCAAGUGUCAGGUCUACGAUCCAAACCCAGUCCCCAAAGUUCAGUGGAUGAAGCCAGGUGUAGAUAAACCAACAGAGUCACACACUGUUGUACUCAAUCCUGUGGACUUGUCAGAUGCAGGAACCUGGGUGUGUGAGUUCCCUUGGGACGGGCAGACGAAAAAUGUGAGCCUAAAAAUCAAAGUUAAAGCUCCUGAACCAACUACAGUUUCCCCUUCCAAAACCUCAGAGGGCAAUAAGAAGACCUGCAACAACUGCGACUCUACCUCUAAUGAUUCAGGGCUGCUGGUGCUGCUGGGGCUCAGCUUGUGGGUGUGGGUUGGAAUUGGAGUCGGCAGCCUGGUCACAAUUUCCCUGAUGGUUGUAGUCAUCGUCUUGUACAAGAGGAUCAAAAGAAGGAAGGAAAGACACCGCAGGUUGAAGAAUUCCAGACAACCACUGACGCCCAGGCAGUACUGCGAGUGUGACCACCCAACAGCUGCAGCGAAACCGCAGCAAGGACGCCGAAGAGAGAAAACCCUGCUAAUGGAGUGACAUGAAAGA